ACUUCCCCAUUCCCCACCCAUGCCCCCCACAACCGCUCUCAUGCACGCUAACCCUGCUAACUUCAAAGCCAUCCUCGACGACAUCGAGCAGCAGUUCGAUCUCGACCAACAUGCGCUCGAUGUCAUCACUAACAAGUUCCUCGAGGACUUCAAUACCGGUCUAGGAAAAUAUGGCGAGCCGAUGGCCAUGAUUCCAACUUUCGUCACCAGCGUACCAGAUGGUACAGAGACUGGUACUUUCCUUGCACUUGAUCUUGGAGGAACAAACCUCCGAGUGUGUGAGGUCACCCUCAACGGAGACAAGACCUUCAGCCUUCGCCAGCAAAAGUACAAGGUCUCCGAGGCACUCAAGACAGGAGAAGCCACCGUAUUAUUUGACUACCUCGCCGACUCCGUCGAUGCCUUCCUCACCUCCCUCGGCCCGUCCGCAAAUUCCGACUCAGAAGCUACACACAUCCCUCUCGGACUCACGUUCUCCUUCCCCGUCGAACAAACCGCCCUCGACGAGGGUGUGAUUCUCACCUGGACCAAAGGUUUCGCUGCCAAGAACGCCAUCGGCAAUGACGUCGUCAAACUUCUUCAGGACGCCUUUGACCGGAAACACUUGCAUGUCAAGUGCGUGGCGCUCGUCAACGACACUGUUGGUGCGCUGUUAUCCCGAGCUUACCAGGCCGGUGGAUGCAUUCUCGGAUGCAUCUUCGGUACGGGAACGAACGGCGCUUACGUCGAGCAGGUGAAGAACAUCACCAAGCUGAAGAACUCCCCCGUCGCUGCCAAGGGCGGCGAAAUGAUCGUAAACACCGAAUGGGGAGCAUUCAACAACACCCGCACCAUCCUUCCCUCCACUCCGUUCGACAAUAAAGUCGACCGAGAAUCUAUCAAUCCUCGGUUCCAAGCCUUCGAGAAGUUCAUCUCAGGGAUGUACCUCGGCGAAAUCACCCGCAACCUCCUGCUCGCCCUCAUCGACUCCGCUCCCCAUCCGAUCCUCUUCGCCGGCAGAGCCAGUAAGAUCAUGAACACCCACUACGGCUUCGACACCGAAUACAUGUCCUUAAUAGAGGCGGCCUGGGAGUCCGAGGAAGAACCAUCCUCGGAUCCAAGCGCAUCUGGGCCGAAGCUCGCAGAGAAGAAGUUGUCGAACGGGAACCUGAAGACGAUCGAUGACGAGUCUUUGCUCGAUUUCGAGAAACCGCUGACGGCGGAGACGAUCAGGCCGAUUACGCUCCAUCGGUUGCAGAAGAUUAGGGACGUGUUGGUCAAGAAUGUGGGGUAUGAGCCCGAACAGGUAUCGUUGAGGGAUGCGGCGAUUGUGAGAUGGGCCUGUGCGAUUGUGGUGCAGAGGGCGGCGAGGUUGAGUGGGUGUGCGGUGGCGACGGUCAUUAAGCAGAUGGGCUUGGAGCAUAGGCUGAAGGAGGAGCUUGAGCAAGGAGGCGGAUGGAUCUCUGUUGGUGUGGAUGGAAGUUUGAUCCAACAUUAUCCGCGAUUCGAGGAGAGGAUGCGACACUCGUUGAGGAUGCUUAUCGGCGAGGAUCUCGAGUCCAAAGUGGAGAUCGGAUUGGCGAAGGAUGGAAGUGGUGUCGGUGCCGCGUUGUGUGCGCUCGUCGCCACCAAGGAAGCCCUCGUCUCGAAGAAGGAGCUCAACUCAUGAUCUUUAUCUCUAUUUCGCGCAAGAUAGUCGGAGGAAAGUAUAUUUGUAUCCGAAUCAAGAAAAGAAGAAGCAGAAGAAGAAUUCGCCGCACUACAAUGUUACUGUACUGUAAUACUACUGUUGAGCCGUCUGUGAUCCAACCACUCGUCACGCCACUCAAUCAUCCCUUACCCCUACCUCCACCUUCGCCACUAUCCACUUUCGCCGCCCACUUUGUUUCAAUCAUCUAUAUUCGCCGGUGUCCCGUUAUUGUUGUCUUCGUCGUUGUCGUCGCCACUGUUGUUUUAUUCAUAAUUUUUGUUUAACUCUACGAGCGUGUGUAGCCCGUGCAGCCUUGCUCCAGCGGUCCCCCCAGCUGCUCUACCCCUCAUCUCUACGAUAAAGACAUAGACUCGUGGUGGACCAUAGUACAUAGACCGAAAGGAAUUCACGAAUUAGAACGGAUCCAGUAUUUAUCGAGGAAACACGCAGUAGUAAGUAGACUUCAUUAUGAAAAUAGUGGAUCUGUGGUGUACUGUCUGUCAUUCGUGGUGUCCUAUGUGUGGUACUAGCAGGCCUGGGGUGUUUCUCCCGUUUCAACACCCGUUGUCUGUCAGUCUGUAGAACCAACGACUCCGACUAUCUGUCC